UAUAGACUUGAUGAAUAUAGCUGCCACGUCAUUCCAAAAAGGCAAAAACCGCACGAGAUCAACGUGAAGCGAAACAAAACGACAUCGUGCAUUUCUCUCGAGUGAGACACGUGGAAAGCUGAGUGGGCUCCAUAAUAUCUUCGUGGGAUCCACAACGCUUCUCCGACUAAGUUACAAGAAUCAUCGGCCGGCCAAAUAUCUUCAACUGCGUGCGAGGCAAUACGUGUCAACGUCAAUUCACGAAAUCAAAAUCUUUAAAAAGUUUUGCGUCUAUAAUCGAUACCUUAGAUUUGGGAACGUGACGCGUCCGUGAGUUUAAGCUCGUGAAACUGCCCACUAUGAUAAGCAAUGACUCAUUGCCGGUGAAUAAUUCGCCGGUGACGGCGGAGGAGAAUGUUGGUGUUACGGAAAAACCAUUUUUUUCGUCUGAGAAAUUAUCUGAAUCGCCGGAAAAGGAGAAUUUAGCUCCGGCGGCUACUCCGUUGACGGUGGCUAAUGGUUUAAGUGCUCAAGUGAAAUCUCGAUGGUCGUUUUCUUCUUCUAAGAGAAGCUUUGGAAGUAGUAAAGAUGAAACCUUUUUUGAUUCACAUCAGUGGCUACAAUCCGAUUCUGAAGACGAUUUCUACAGCGUUCAUGGCGAUUUCACUCCAUCACUUGGAAACACUCCAAAGUGUAGUUUCUCAGAGAAGCUUCCUCGUUUUCACAACCCUUUAUUCGAAGGAGAGAAGCCUCGAGUAUCGUUCUCGCAUUCUCCUGCACCGCGGAGGAAGAAACUAGGCGAACUAUUUAGAGAUAGUAUAAGAGAAGAACGAGAGGAAAAUUUGGAAGAGCCAUCAGAAAACCAAAGUGAAAAGAGUAAAAAAUCAUCAGGUGAUAACUUUGGUGAGCUCAAAGUCAUUGAAGAUUCUGUAGAAGAGAAGAAGAAUCUUAAAUCUUUGAACUAUCACCAUCGUUGUCUUCCGAGAUUCUCGUCUUUUAAAGGAAGUUUAAUGGAGAAGAGAAGGAAGAAGAAGAAGAAAAUUCAUGUGAAAUGAGAUUGAAAGUUUGGAUGUUUUAUUAUGAAAAUCUGAAAACUUUCAGCUAUAGUAAUUUUACAGGUUAUUUGCUUGAUGAUGUGAUGAAAACCAUAAACAAUGAUUUAGACGAAGAGAAGCGUUUUUACGAUUUUUUA